AUGUCAAAGGUCUCAAAGGUACCUCAAAAGCUGAGCAGUAAGACCAGGUCAACAGCAAAAAGCAAAGCAGGGGAUAUAUCUGAUGAGACAAUCAUAGAGGAUGUGAUGCUGAUAGACAAUGAUCAGAAUAAUGAACAUGGGGUCCAAAACAGCGACUCACCAGCAGGAUCCAACAAGCCAGGCGCUAAGGUCACCAAGGCUCAGAAGGUGCGCAAAAAUAUUGAGGCUGCCAAAGAGAGGGCUAUGGAGCAACAGAAGGGCAGGGCAGAGAAUGAGGAGGAUGUAGUUGUGGUGGACAGCGAUGUUGACAAUGUCAGAGGCAUUGGAAGGAAGCAGCAAAAGGGCAGGAGCCACACUGGCAGUGAAGAUGGAGAGCCCUCCAGCAAAAAACUCAAGCAGGAUGACCUUCUGGUUUCCUCACAACCACCCUGGAGUGGCAUGGUUAACAACUGGUGUCAGGUCAUAUCCACGCAGGUUCCAAAUCACAGUCAAAAACCUGGUGCUGCACCAAGAUCUGUGCAGGCUGCCAGUGGAACAGGCUCACCUGCAUCCGGAAAUACUGUCCAUCCAGGCAGUCUUGAGGACAACUCAAUAAUGAUGAGCAGCCUGAGGCGCCUGAACCUGAUAAAGGAGAACAAGACCCUCUGUUGA